UUAUUUCUAUAUACUUUUACUUUUUGCUUAAAUUACUUGGAUAUAUUUAUUUUUAUAUUGAUCUAAAUCUUCCCCUCCUUUUUCUCCUAAAAUCUAUUUUUCUCUUCUCGAAGCCAAAAAAAAACUUUUUUCCCCUUUUUAACUCUUCCGGCCAAAACCUCUCUUUUUGUUGAGCACAUAUAAUUGGGCAGCAACAAGUAGCAAUUUUUUCUUUCUCUUUUUUUUGUUUUGUCUAAUAAACUAAUUUUUCUUCCUUCGCGAUUAAUUAAAUUAAAAAAUUUUUUUAAAUUUUUUGAAAAAUUUUGAAAAUUUUUUAGGCAAAAAUUCAAAAUUUUUUAGAAUCUCCUCCAAAUUCCCUCCCAUUUUGGAGAGAAUAGGAAUAUUUAUUUUUUAUGAAAAUUUGAUGGCAAUAUUUUAAACAACGACAACAAAAUUGAAAGAAAAAAAGAAAUACUUGUUGGUUGGUGGACAAUUUGGAAGAGGAGAAUUUUAGACGACAAUUUUUUUGAAAAAAAGUAGAUGCCCCUCACUCAACAGCAAAAUGAAGCAAGUCCGGAGAGGGGAAUGCCCUUUGCAAAUGAGUACAUUGGCAGUAUGGAAAUGGGAAGUUCUCGACCUGGAGCUCGUUUUGAAAUUCUUGCAGCAAUGCGCAGAGUUCGUUACGAAUUUAAAGCGAGGAACAUCAAAAAGCGGCUUGUCGAUAUUGUUGUUUCUGUUGAUGGAGUGAAAGUUGUGCUGCAAAGAAAAAGGAAAAAACAAAAAUAUAUGGAUGAAAGUAAAAUGUUGGUAAUGUCCCAUCCAAUGUACAGGGUUUUCUAUGUUGCCCACGACUCUUACGAUCUCCAAAUAUUUUGUUAUGUGGCGAGAGAUGGCGCUUCAAAUUCGUUCAAAUGUAACGUCUUUAAAUGUCCAGAUAAAGUUAGUUUCGAAUUUUUUAAAUUUUUGGGGAAUAAUUUAAAAGCGAGUUUUCUGGGGUUUUGACAAUUUUUAAAUUUUGUGCUCCCAGAAGUCUCCGAGAUUUUCUUUCUUUGCAAGUUUUUAUCCGCAUUUUUUGACUCCAAAAAUAAUACUCUUCCAUUUUCUCUUCAUUUUUUCUCUUUUUUGGCAAAAUUUUUUAAAUUUUUGAUUUUUUAAAAUUUUUUUUGACUUGCG